CUAGAUAAAUGUAUGUGCUGUUGUACACAUGUUCUUAUUUAAAACUUUCACACACAAAAGUUUUUAAUAUAGAUCAUGAGUAUUUAUAAAUCAUAUAGGAAUAAUAAUUUAUUUAGUUUCAUAGCAUUGUAGUUGAAUUAGGACUGUGCACUGAAUCAUUAUGUGAGGUUUAACUUGAUAGGAAGUGAUACUUGAUCUGUAAAUUGAUAUAGAAUAGAAUUAUAAGGAAGUGAUUAUCAUAAUCCAAGCAAUGGCUGAAGAUCAUUCUGAGGUCAAACUACUUAAAGAUUUAGAUUAUUUCCACCCAGAUUUAGACAGACAUAAAGCGGAAGCAAUUUUAUUGCAGAAUGGAAAAGAUGGUACAUUCCUAGUAAGAAAUAGUUCUAAACAAAAUGAGUAUGCUGUUUCAGUGAGGGCAGCAGAUGCAGUCAAACACUUUAAUCUGACAUGGAAAGAUGACGCUUUCUAUUUCGGUCAUGGGAAAUAUGAAACAUGUGAUGAUAUAGCGUAUCAUUUUCGUAACCAACCAAUGCUUGGUGGUGAAUCAGGUCAGACAACAUUAAUGGUAGAUCCAUACCCAAGAGUUGUGUCGGAGCCAGCUAUCUAUGGUACAGUGAGAGUUCAUGCAGAAUACAGCACCGGUGAUAACACUCCUAGAACAGACUUCUCAAUAAACUCUAAAGAUGGAUAUUUGACAAAGAUUGGUGCAAUAUUUAAGACAUGGAAGGUUCGAUGGUUUGUGCUUCAGAAAAAUGAACUGAAAUAUUUUAAGGACUCCUCGAGGAAGGAUGCUAUACGAGUGUUAGAUCUAGAUGAAUGCAAGGAGUGUGUAAUGGAGGGCAAUUUUAAGGGAAAGGACCAUGUUUUUAGAUUAGUAUUUGAGUGGAGAACAUUUUAUUUAUUUGCUGCUAAUGAGAAAGAGUCAAAGGAAUGGGUUAAGCUGAUUAACUGGAGACUAGAUCACAAAGGCAAAUAGUAGAAUACCAAGAUAAACAGAAGAACACAAUCUGGUUAUGUGUGCAAGAAUCUGUGGAUAAUAAACUCAAACAUUGUGAGAAUUGUCCACGUGUAGCUUGUUUUAACCCUUUACCUGCUAGUGUUGUUUGAGGAAUUUGUUCGGUUUCAAAUUCGAAUCAGUUCUUUCAAAGGAUAAGGGAUUUUAAUACCAGAACAUAAAAAUUGAGUUACCAAUAUUACAUAACCUAGUGUUGACAGCAUGGACUUGCAGGCUGGCCUGGCUCUAUACUGGUGGCAAAGGCUGAACACUUUUGAUUCAAACAGGUUAAGGGUAAAUAU